AAAUCCUUUGUUUAUAUAUAAUUUUGAGAGCUCCAACUCUCACCUUGCCCAGUUUUCGCUGUUGAUUGAUCUCGUGUCGAUCUUUCGCCGAUCCCAGGGACUGAGGCUUGCUCUCUACACCAUGUUGCGCCUGGCUUACCUUCUAACCGCGGCGGCCUCGCUCGCGUCGGCCAACAUCAACUUCACUUGGGUGCAGCCCAGCUGCAGCCCUACCGACACCUACAACAAGUGUCUCCGCGGCCAGCACUGCGAGGGUACGAAAUGCUACGCCAACAUCGAAAUGCCGGCCGAGCACAACUGGAACCAUGAGGCACUGGAGAAGAGGGAGUACCUUGCGGCCGGCUUCAGGCUGGCACCGGCACAACACGCGCACUUCCGCCUCGGCAAGAGACAAGGCCUUGUCACCACUGACGGUUCUUGCGGAACCCAGCACGGCGGCAAAGUCUGUGGCAACUGGGCCAGUGGUUCCUGCUGCUCCAAGUACGGAUACUGCGGAAAGACCAGCGCCUACUGCGGCGAUGGCUGCCAGAGCGGCCCCUGCCUGACCGCCCAGGGUGCCAGCUCCAAGUCGACGACCUCUUCUUCGAGCUCUACGGUCCGCGCUUUGUCGUUGACCUCGAGCACCAUCAGCUCGGUCUCGGCCGUGCAGACCGGCGUGCCGACAAAGGACGGAAGCUGCGGUAAGCAGAAUGGCAACACCAUCUGCGGCAGCUGGCCCAGCGGAAACUGCUGCUCCGAGUGGGGCUACUGCGGCAAGACUGAUGUCUACUGCGGUACCGGCUGCCAGAGCGGCAACUGCCUGAACGCCCAGUCGGCCUCUUAUGCGGGGGCCUCGUCAACUUCGUCGGCAUCCACUCUUUCAUCUUCGUCGGCCCCGUCCAACUCGGCGGCUGGCGCUUCUUCAUCUUCGACUACAUCGUCCUCCAGGUCGUCAUCCAGCUCCUCGUCGUCAAGCUCGUCUUCCUCUAGCUCGUCGUCUUCCUCUAGCUCGUCGUCUUCCUCUAGCUCGUCGUCUUCCAGCUCUUCAUCGCCCAGCUCUUCCUCGUCCAGCUCCUCGUCGCCUGCUGCCACAGGACUCCCGGGAACUCAAAAGGUAACCACUGACGGAAAGUGCGGUGCCGCCAACGGCGGAACUGUCUGUGGCAACUGGGCUCUGGGCAACUGCUGCUCCAGCUACGGAUAUUGCGGAAACACGGCUGCUCACUGCGGUUCUGGUUGCCAAAGCGGAAACUGCGUCAACCCACCCGCUGGACAGUCUUCUUCCUCCGCCAACGGCGCUGCCGCCACCAGCAGCAGCUCUGCCAUUGGCGGCAACACUGCUGUUGUUGCUACUUCUUCCAGCAGCAUGGCUUCUUCUAGCAGCAUGGCUACUUCUAGCAGCAUGGCUACUUCUAGCAGCAUGGCUUCUUCCAGCAGUUCCUCUUCCAGCAGCUCUGCCAUCGGCGGCAACACUGCUAUUGUUGCUACUUCGUCCAGCAGCACGGCUUCUUCCAGCAGCUCCUCUUCUUCCAGCAGCGCCGCCGCUUCUACUCCCAGUGCCAAGUCAACUGUUGAUGGCUCUUGUGGCAAGCAGAACGGCAACACUGUUUGCGGCAAUUGGCCCAGUGGAAACUGCUGUUCCGCGUACGGAUACUGUGGUACUGGAGCAACAUACUGUGGCGAUGGCUGCCAGAGUGGAAACUGCGCCUACCCCCCUCUGUCGGCUGCUUCUGCUUCUUCUUCUUCUUCUUCUUCCUCUUCAUCAUCCAUGAGCAGCUCUCAGGCUACCACCAUGUCUACCGCAUCUCGCUCUUCUAGCAGCAGCACCAGCAGCAUCGCCUCAUCAACCCCCAGCCCCUCUGUCCAGGUCACUAAGGACGGCUCCUGCGGUCAACAGUACGGCGAGACGGUAUGUGGAAACUGGGCAGCGGGCAACUGCUGCUCCAUGUACGGAUAUUGCGGCAACGGCGCUGCCCACUGUGGAGAUGGCUGCCAGAGCGGUAACUGCACUGGACCUCCCCAUCUCCCUGCUCCUGGACCCAAGGCUGCUCCCGCCAACGCCAACCCUGGCUCCUUCAAGAUUGUGGGCGAGUCGGGUGUUCCUGCUAUGCACUGUGGUCUGCUGCCCAACGGAAAGGUCUUCUUCUUGGACAAGGUCGAGUCGUUCACCCAGCUCAAGCUGCCCAACGGAGAUUGGGCCUACUCUUCCGAGUAUGAUCCCGAGACAAACACGGCCGUACCGCUGUCGUACAAGACCAACUCCUUCUGCUCUGGCGGUGCCCCUCUCGCCAAUGGUCGCUUCAUGUCGAUUGGUGGCAACGCGCCGCUGCCUUGGCUGGCGCCAGACGUUGGUGAUGGUUUCGACGGCAUCCGCUACCUCACCCGCCCGCUGGACAACUCGUCAAUGGAUGGCCAAGGCUGGGAUGAGCCGGGCAACAAGCUGUCGUCUCCCCGUUGGUACCCCAGCGCCCAGACCCUGCCUGAUGGUCGCGUCUUUGUCGCUUCCGGUAGCUUGAACGGUCUCGCCCCCGAGAAUGCGUCCAACAACAACCCCACUUACGAGAUGCUCGACCGCAACGGAGUCUCGUCUGGUCAGUUCGUCAAGAUGGACCUCCUCGAGAGGGCGCAGCCAUACUACAUGUACCCGUUCAUCCAUCUCCUCAACGACGGCAACCUGUUCAUCUUCGCCGCCCAGAUCUCGCAGAUCUUCAGCGUCGGCAGCGGCGCCACCACUGGCACCGUUGUCAAGGAGAUGCCCGAGCUUCCCGGUGACUACCGCACCUACCCCAACACCGGCGGCUCCGUCAUGCUGCCUCUUUCCAAGGCCAACGGCUACACCCCAGACAUCCUGAUCUGCGGAGGCGGUCCCUACCAGGACGUUACCGCGCCCACCGAGCCUUCCUGCGGCCGCAUCAAGCCACUGGACGCGAACCCCAAGUGGGAGAUGGACGCCAUGCCCGACGGACGCGUCAUGACUGAGGGUGUGCUCAUGCUGGACGGCACCGUCUUCUUUGUCAACGGCGCCCACCAGGGAGCCCAGGGCUUUGGCGUGGCCGACAAGCCCGCUUUCACCUCGCUCCUCUACGACCCCGCCCAGCCCCUCGGCCAGCGCUUCACCACGGCUGCGACCAGCACCAUCCCCCGCAUGUACCACUCCGUGUCGAUCAUGCUCGAGGACGCCACCGUCCUCAUCGCCGGCAGCAACCCCGUCCAGCAGCCCAUUCUGGAGGUGAGCGCCGACACGCCCUUUGCGACCGAGUUCCGCGUCGAGCGCUACACGCCCCCUUACCUGAGCAACGGCAAGCAGAACCUGCGGCCACUCAACAUGACCCUGUCCGGCACCAACAUGACCCCCGGCCCCGCCGGCAGCAGCGUCCUCAACGUCCGCUUUGGCCUCCCCAGCGCCACUGUCAAGGACGUCAAGGUCGCGCUGUACUACAACGGCUACGUCACCCACAGCGUGCACAUGGGUCACCGCAUGGUCUACCUCGAGCACACGGGCUUCGCCGUCGGCAAGACGGCCCAGAACCUCAUGGUCCAGCCGCCCCCGAGCAACAACAUCACGCCGCCCGGCUACUACAUCCUGUUUGUGAUUGCUGACGGCAUUCCCAGCGUCGGCCAACAGAUCAUGAUCAACUAGGUCUAGGCAAUUUUAACGCAUGAUUGUAUGGGAGGGGAUAGUUUUUUUUUUUUUUUGUGCUAGGUGGCUUUCUUGGGCUUUAUCAAGGGGCGGGGGGGAUUUCUUUUUUUCUUCAAAGACUGGAAAGGCAAAUUCUUUUUUUUUCCGGAGCUCAUCAUGCAAAAUUGAUGGACGAUAACUUGUUAAUAAUUCUUUUCUUUUGUAUAACCUUGGUUAUAUCUAAUGCUACUUGCUUUGUCUGCCGAUUGUACCAGCGUCAGGCGGGCGGCUGCUAAAAGUUCUCCUGGAAAAAAAAAU